GUUCACGUGUGUCUGUCUUUCUUCUUAUGUUUUGUAAAUUUUUCUGAAAAAAUGGGAAAAUUAGACGUCGCUAUAUUACGUUAUUUAACAGCCGAAGAUUUUCGUGUGCUAACAGCGGUUGAAAUGGGGAUGAAAAACCAUGAACUGGUCCCAGGGUCUUUAGUUGCAUCUAUCGCAAAUCUCCGACACGGCGGUGUAUAUAAACUCAUGAAAGAAUUAUGUAAACACAGGUUACUAACUUAUGAACGUGGAAAGCAAUAUGAUGGAUAUCGUCUUACCAAUGCAGGCUACGACUACUUAGCAUUGAAAGCUUUGGCAAACAGAAAAGUAAUAGCAUCUUUUGGUAAUCAGAUUGGGGUUGGUAAAGAAUCAAAUAUAUACAUUGUAGCUGAUGAAGAGCAAAAUCCAAUAUGUCUAAAACUCCACAGGUUAGGUCGUACAUGUUUUCGAAAUGUGAAAGACAAACGGGAUUACCAUGCUCAUCGUAACCGUGCAUCCUGGUUGUACUUAUCACGCAUAUCAGCUACAAAAGAAUUUGCCUAUAUGAAAGCUCUUUAUGACCGAGACUUUCCAGUCCCGCGUCCCAUAGAUUUUAAUCGGCAUUGUGUUGUUAUGGAACUUGUGAGAGGAGGGCCUCUGACCCGUGUCACUGCAGUAGAUGAUCCUGAGGUUCUGUAUGAUGAACUGAUGAACCUGAUAGUGAGAUUAGGCAACUGUGGUGUGAUCCAUGGUGAUUUUAACGAGUUCAACAUCAUGCUUGAUGAGAAUGGACACCCUAUUAUCAUUGACUUCCCACAAAUGGUCUCCACAUCACAUCCCAAUGCUGAACUAUAUUUCGAUCGCGACGUGCGUUGUGUCCGCGAGUUCUUCAAAAAACGUUUUGGCUACGAGAGCGAGCUGUACCCGAGGUUCAGUGAGCUGGAGCGCGAGGAUCGUCUCGACGCAGACGUGGAGUGUUCCGGAUACAAGCGUUCCAGCCAACACGACCGGGACCUGCUUCAGGAGCUUGGCAUAGAGCUAGGGGAGGAGUCAGAUGAGAGCAGUUCAGAGGAGGAGUUCAGUCAAGAUCAUGAUGCGUCAUACUCUACACACGAACUAGAUGCGCUACGAGAACAGGUGGAUGCUUCUAUACUCAAUGAUGAAACAAAGCCUAUCGGAGAACUUAUUUCAAAGACAACAGAACUCAAUAUAGCAGUGCAAGACGACACAGAAGCACCACAGCUAGUUAAAAUAGAGAGUUCUUCCGAAACUGCUGGCGAUAAAAUUGAACCUGACAAAAAUUCACAGAAGUACAGACUGGCUAUGAUUGAGAAAGCGUUAUCCGAUGUCCGGUCUAUGAGGACUUAUACUUCUGCGAGCACGAUAGCACCUGAGGUGGUGAAGCAGCAGGUUAAGAAGAAUUUAGAGAUGAGACAGAAGAAUAUGGAGAGGAAGAAGGCAAUAGCGAAAGGUGAAGCGAGUGCGGUGACUCGCGCGCGACGUGAUAAUAGAGAGACUAUACGAGAGAGUCACGGUUUGUGGGGGUGGGAUGAGUAAAUAAAAUAAUACAUAUUUAU